AUGGCCACCUACACACCCUUUGAGGGAACAUGCGCCACCUACAUGAGGGAAAACAUGGCCACUUACAAACCACAGUGUGGAACUAAGACCUUACACACCACCAUGAGUGAACAUGCGCCACCUCCACCUACCAUGAGGGAAACAUCGCCACUUACACGGCACUGUGGGGGAAACAUGCGCCCACUUACAUACCACCUUAGACCACGCGCCACUUACAACAGAACCCAUAGGAACAUAGACCCUUACACACCACCAGAUGUCAAUGAAGAUUCCCAUGCAGAAUCUUUGACAAUAUGUUCUGACGGCGGUGUCACUGAAGGUUUUCUUGCAGGUUCUUUGGAAAUAUGUUCUGACGGCGGUGUCACUGAAGGUUCCCAUGCAGGUUCUUUGACAAUAUGUUCUGACGGCGGCGUCACUGAAGGUUCCCAUGCAGGUUCUUUGACAAUAUGUUCUGACGGCGGCGUCAAUGAAGGUUUUCUUGCAGGUUCUUUGACGAUAUGUUCUGACGGCGGUGUCACUGAAGGUUCCCAUGCAGGUUCUUUGACAAUAUGUUCUGACGGCGGUGUCACUGAAGGUUCCCAUGCAGGUUCUUUGACAAUAUGUUCUGACGGCGGUGUCACUGAAGGUUUUCUUGCAGGUUCUUUGACAAUAUGUUCUGACGGCGGUGUCACUGAAGGUUCCCAUGCAGGUUCUUUGACAAUAUGUUCUGACGGCGGUGUCACUGAAGGUUCCCAUGCAGGUUCUUUGACAAUAUGUUCUGACGGCGGUGUCACUGAAGGUUUUCUUGCAGGUUCUUUGACAAUAUGUUCUGACGGCGGUGUCACUGAAGGUUCCCAUGCAGGUUCUUUGACAAUAUGUUCUGACGGCGGUGUCACUGAAGGUUUUCUUGCAGGUUCUUUGACAAUAUGUUCUGACGGCGGUGUCACUGAAGGUUCCCAUGCAGGUUCUUUGACGAUAUGUUCUGACGGCGGUGUCACUGAAGGUUCCCAUGCAGGUUCUUUGACGAUAUGUUAUGACGGCGGUGUCACUGAAGGUUCCCAUGCAGGUUAUUUGACGAUAUGUUCUGAUGGCGGUGUCACUGAAGGUUCCCAUGCAGGUUAUUUGACGAUAUGUUCUGACGGCGGUGUCACUGAAGGUUCCCAUGCAGGUUCUUUGACGAUAUGUUCUGACGGCGGUGUCACUGAAGGUUCCCAUGCAGGUUCUUCGACGAUAUGUUCUGACGGCGGUGUCACUGAAGGUUCCCAUGCAGGUUCUUUGACAAUAUGUUCUGACGGCGGUGUCACUGAAGGUUCCCAUGCAGGUUCUUUGACGAUAUGUUCUGACGGCGGUGUCACUGAAGGUUACCAUGCAGGUUCUUUGACGAUAUGUUCUGACGGCUGUGUCACUGAAGGUUCCCAUGCAGGUUCUUUGUUGAUAUGUUCUGACGGCGGUGUCACUGAAGGUUUUCUUGCAGGUUCUUUGACGAUAUGUUCUGACGGCGGUGUCACUGAAGGUUUUCUUGCAGGUUCUUUGAUGAUAUGUUCUGACGGCGGUGUCACUGAAGGUUUUCUUGCAGGUUCUUUGACGAUAUGUUCUGACGGCGGUGUCACUGAAGGUUCCCAUGCAGGUUCUUUGACGAUAUGUUAUGACGGCGGUGUCACUGAAGGUUUUCUUGCAGGUUCUUUGACGAUAUGUUCUGACGGCGGUGUCACUGAAGGUUCCCAUGCAGGUUCUUUGACGAUAUGUUCUGACGGCGGUGUCACUGAAGGUUUUCUUGCAGGUUCUUUGACGAUAUGUUCUGACGGCGGUGUCACUGAAGGUUCCCAUGCAGGUAUUUCGACGAUAUGUUCUGACGGCGGUGUCACUGAAGGUUCCCAUGCAGGUUCUUUGACAAUAUGUUCUGACGGCGGUGUCACUGAAGGUUCCCAUGCAGGUUCUUUGACGAUAUGUUCUGACGGCGGUGUCACUGAAGAUUUUCUUGCAGGUUCUUUGACGAUAUGUUCUGACGGCGGUGUCACUGAAGGUUUUCUUGCAGGUUCUUUGAUGAUAUGUUCUGACGGCGGUGUCACUGAAGGUUUUCUUGCAGGUUCUUUGACGAUAUGUUCUGACGGCGGUGUCACUGAAGGUUUUCUUGCAGGUUCUUUGACGAUAUGUUCUGACGGCGGUGUCACUGAAGGUUCCCAUGCAGGUUCUUUGACGAGAUGUUUUGACGGCGGUGUCACUGAAGGUUUUCUUGCAGGUUCUUUGACGAUAUGUUCUGACGGCGGUGUCACUGAAGGUUUUCUUGCAGGUUCUUUGACGAUAUGUUCUGACGGCGGUGUCACUGAAGGUUUUCUUGCAGGUUCUUUGAUGAUAUGUUCUGACGACGGUGUCACUGAAGGUUUUCUUGCAGGUUCUUUGAUGAUAUGUUCUGACGACGGUGUCACUGAAGGUUUUCUUGCAGGUUCUUUGAUGAUAUGUUCUGACGGCGGUGUCACUGAAGAUUUUCUUGCAGGUUCUUUGAUGAUAUGUUCUGACGGCGGUGUCACUGAAGGUUUUCUUGCAGGUUCUUUGACGAUAUGUUCUGACGGCGGUGUCACUGAAAGUUCCCAUGCAGGUUCUUUGACGAUAUGUUCUGACGGCGGUGUCACUGAAGGUUCCCAUGCAGGUUCUUUGAUGAUAUGUUCUGACGGCGGUGUCACUGAAGGUUCCCAUGCAGGUUCUUUGACGAUAUGUUCUGACGGCGGUGUCACUGAAGGUUUUCUUGCAGGUUCUUUGACGAUAUGUUCUGACGGCGGUGUCACUGAAGGUUUUCUUGCAGGUUCUUUGAUGAUAUGUUCUGACGGCGGUGUCACUGAAGGUUUUCUUGCAGGUUCUUUGAUGAUAUGUUCUGACGGCGGUGUCACUGAAGGUUUUCUUGCAGGUUCUUUGACAAUAUGUUCUGACGGCGGUGUCACUGAAGGUUUUCUUGCAGGUUCUUUGACGAUAUGUUCUGACGGCGGUGUCACUGAAAGUUCCCAUGCAGGUUCUUUGAUGAUAUGUCCUGACGGCGGUGUCACUGAAGGUUUUCUUGCAGGUUCUUUGAUGAUAUGUUCUGACGGCGGUGUCACUGAAGGUUCCCAUGCAGGUUCUUUGAUGAUAUGUCCUGACGGCGGUGUCACUGAAGGUUUUCUUGCAGGUUCUUUGACGAUAUGUUCUGACGGCGGUGUCACUGAAAGUUCCCAUGCAGGUUCUUUGAUGAUAUGUCCUGACGGCGGUGUCACUGAAGGUUUUCUUGCAGGUUCUUUGACGAUAUGUUCUGACGGCGGUGUCACUGAAGGUUCCCAUGCAGGUUCUUUGACGAUAUGUUCUGACGGCGGUGUCACUGAAGGUUCCCAUGCAGGUUCUUUGACGAUAUGUUCUGACGGCGGUGUCACUGAAGGUUUUCUUGCAGGUUCUUUGACGAUAUGUUCUGACGGCGGUGUCACUGAAGGUUUUCUUGCAGGUUCUUUGAUGAUAUGUUCUGACGGCGGUGUCACUGAAGGUUUUCUUGCAGGUUCUUUGACGAUAUGUUCUGACGGCGGUGUCACUGAAGGUUCCCAUGCAGGUUCUUUGACGAUAUGUUCUGACGGCGGUGUCACUGAAGGUUUUCUUGCAGGUUCUUUGACGAUAUGUUCUGACGGCGGUGUCACUGAAGGUUCCCAUGCAGGUUCUUUGACGAUAUGUUCUGACGGCGGUGUCACUGAAGGUUUUCUUGCAGGUUCUUUGACGAUAUGUUCUGACGGCGGUGUCACUGAAGGUUCCCAUGCAGGUAUUUCGACGAUAUGUUCUGACGGCGGUGUCACUGAAGGUUCCCAUGCAGGUUCUUUGACAAUAUGUUCUGACGGCGGUGUCACUGAAGGUUCCCAUGCAGGUUCUUUGACGAUAUGUUCUGACGGCGGUGUCACUGAAGGUUUUCUUGCAGGUUCUUUGACGAUAUGUUCUGACGGCGGUGUCACUGAAGGUUUUCUUGCAGGUUCUUUGACGAUAUGUUCUGACGGCGGUGUCACUGAAGGUUUUCUUGCAGGUUCUUUGACGAUAUGUUCUGACGGCGGUGUCACUGAAGGUUUUCUUGCAGGUUCUUUGACGAUAUGUUCUGACGGCGGUGUCACUGAAGGUUCCCAUGCAGGUUCUUUGACGAGAUGUUUUGACGGCGGUGUCACUGAAGGUUUUCUUGCAGGUUCUUUGACGAUAUGUUCUGACGGCGGUGUCACUGAAGGUUUUCUUGCAGGUUCUUUGACGAUAUGUUCUGACGGCGGUGUCACUGAAGGUUUUCUUGCAGGUUCUUUGAUGAUAUGUUCUGACGACGGUGUCACUGAAGGUUUUCUUGCAGGUUCUUUGAUGAUAUGUUCUGACGACGGUGUCACUGAAGGUUUUCUUGCAGGUUCUUUGAUGAUAUGUUCUGACGGCGGUGUCACUGAAGAUUUUCUUGCAGGUUCUUUGAUGAUAUGUUCUGACGGCGGUGUCACUGAAGGUUUUCUUGCAGGUUCUUUGACGAUAUGUUCUGACGGCGGUGUCACUGAAAGUUCCCAUGCAGGUUCUUUGACGAUAUGUUCUGACGGCGGUGUCACUGAAGGUUCCCAUGCAGGUUCUUUGAUGAUAUGUUCUGACGGCGGUUUCACUGAAGGUUCCCAUGCAGGUUCUUUGACGAUAUGUUCUGACGGCGGUGUCACUGAAGGUUUUCUUGCAGGUUCUUUGACGAUAUGUUCUGACGGCGGUGUCACUGAAGGUUUUCUUGCAGGUUCUUUGAUGAUAUGUUCUGACGGCGGUGUCACUGAAGGUUUUCUUGCAGGUUCUUUGAUGAUAUGUUCUGACGGCGGUGUCACUGAAGGUUUUCUUGCAGGUUCUUUGACAAUAUGUUCUGACGGCGGUGUCACUGAAGGUUUUCUUGCAGGUUCUUUGACGAUAUGUUCUGACGGCGGUGUCACUGAAAGUUCCCAUGCAGGUUCUUUGAUGAUAUGUCCUGACGGCGGUGUCACUGAAGGUUUUCUUGCAGGUUCUUUGAUGAUAUGUUCUGACGGCGGUGUCACUGAAGGUUCCCAUGCAGGUUCUUUGAUGAUAUUUCCUGACGGCGGUGUCACUGAAGGUUUUCUUGCAGGUUCUUUGACGAUAUGUUCUGACGGCGGUGUCACUGAAAGUUCCCAUGCAGGUUCUUUGAUGAUAUGUCCUGACGGCGGUGUCACUGAAGGUUUUCUUGCAGGUUCUUUGACGAUAUGUUCUGACGGCGGUGUCACUGAAGGUUCCCAUGCAGGUUCUUUGACGAUAUGUUCUGACGGCGGUGUCACUGAAGGUUCCCAUGCAGGUUCUUUGACGAUAUGUUCUGACGGCGGUGUCACUGAAGGUUUUCUUGCAGGUUCUUUGAUGAUAUGUUCUGACGGCGGUGUCACUGAAGGUUCCCAUGCAGGUUCUUUGACGAUAUGUUCUGACGGCGGUGUCACUGAAGGUUUUCUUGCAGGUUCUUUGACGAUAUGUUCUGACGGCGGUGUCACUGAAGGUUCCCAUGCAGGUUCUUUGACGAUAUGUUCUGACGGCGGUGUCACUGAAGGUUCCCAUGCAGGUUCUUUGACGAUAUGUUCUGACGGCGGUGUCACUGAAGGUUCCCAUGCAUGUUCUUUGAUGAUAUGUUCUGACGGCGGUGUCAAUGAAGGUUUUCUUGCAGGUUCUUUGACGAUAUGUUCUGACGGCGGUGUCACUGAAGGUUUUCUUGCAGGUUCUUUGACGAUAUGUUCAAACGGCGGUGUCACUGAAGGUUCCCAUGCAGGUUCUUUGACGAUAUGUCCUGACGGCGGUGUCACUGAAGGUUCCAAUGCAGGUUCUUUGACGAUAUGUUCUGACGGCGGUGUCACUGAAGGUUCCCAUGCAGGUUCUUUGACGAUAUGUUCUGACGGCGGUGUCACUGAAGGUUCCCAUGCAGGUUCUUUGACGAUAUGUUCUGACGGCGGUGUCACUGAAGGUUCCCAUGCAGGUUCUUUGACGAUAUGUUCUGACGGCGGUGUCACUGAAGGUUCCCAUGCAGGUUCUUUGACGAUAUGUUCUGACGGCGGUGUCACUAAAGGUUCCCAUGCAGGUUCUUUGACGAUAUGUUCUGACGGCGGUGUCACUGAAGGUUCCCAUGCAGGUUCUUUGACAAUAUGUUCUGACGGCGGUGUCACUGAAGGUUUUCUUGCAGGUUCUUUGACAAUAUGUUCUGACGGCGGUGUCACUGAAAGUUCCCAUGCAGGUUCUUUGACGAUAUGUCCUGACGGCGGUGUCACUGAAGGUUUUCUUGCAGGUUCUUUGACGAUAUGUUCUGACGGCGGUGUCACUGAAGGUUCCCAUGCAGGUUCUUUGACAAUAUGUUCUGACGGCGGUGUCACUGAAGGUUUUCUUGCAGGUUCUUUGACGAUAUGUUCUGACGGCGGUGUCACUGAAAGUUCCCAUGCAGGUUCUUUGACGAUAUGUUCUGACGGCGGUGUCACUGAAGGUUCCCAUGCAGGUUCUUUGAUGAUAUGUUCUGACGUCGGUGUCAAUGAAGGUUUUCUUGCAGGUUCUUUGACGAUAUGUUCUGACGGCGGUGUCACUGAAGGUUUUCUUGCAGGUUCUUUGACGAUAUGUUCUGACGGCGGUGUCACUGAAGGUUCCCAUGCAGGUUCUUUGACGAUAUGUCCUGACGGCGGUGUCACUGAAGGUUCCCAUGCAUGUUCUUUGACGAUAUGUUCUGACGGCGGUGUCACUGAAGGUUCCCAUGCAGGUUCUUUGACGAUAUGUUCUGACGGCGGUGUCACUGAAGGUUCCCAUGCAGGUUCUUUGACGAUAUGUUCAGACGGCGGUGUCACUGAAGGUUCCCAUGCAUGUUCUUUGACGAUAUGUCCUGACGGCGGUGUCACUGAAGGUUCCCAUGCAGGUUCUUUGACGAUAUGUUCUGACGGCGGUGUCACUGAAGGUUCCCAUGCAGGUUCUUUGACGAUAUGUUCUGACGGCGGUGUCACUGAAGGUUCCAAUGCAGGUUCUUUGACGAUAUGUUCAGACGGCGGUGUCACUGAAGGUUCCCAUGCAGGUUCUUUGACAAUAUGUUCUGACGGCGGUGUCACUGAAGGUUCCCAUGCAGGUUCUUUGACGAUAUGUUCUGACGGCGGUGUCACUGAAGGUUCCCUUGCAGGUUCUUUGACGAUAUGUUCUGACGGCGGUGUCACUGAAGGUUCCCUUGCAGGUUCUUUGAUGAUAUGUUCUGACGGCGGUGUCACUGAAGGUUCCCAUGCAGGUUCUUUGACGAUAUGUUCUGACGGCGGUGUCACUGAAGGUUUUCUUGCAGGUUCUUUGAUGAUAUGUUCUGACGGCGGUGUCACUGAAGGUUCCCAUGCAGGUUCUUUGAUGAUAUGUUCUGACGGCGGUGUCACUGAAGGUUUUCUUGCAGGUUCUUUGAUGAUAUGUUCUGACGGCGGUGUCACUGAAGGUUCCCAUGCAGGUUCUUUGACGAUAUGUCCUGACGGCGGUGUCACUGAAGGUUUUCUUGCAGGUUCUUUGAUGAUAUGUUCUGACGGCGGUGUCACUGAAGGUUUUCUUGCAGGUUCUUUGAUGAUAUGUUCUGACGGCGGUGUCACUGAAGGUUUUCUUGCAGGUUCUUUGAUGAUAUGUUCUGACGGCGGUGUCACUGAAGGUUCCCAUGCAGGUUCUUUGACAAUAUGUUCUGACGGCGGUGUCACUGAAGGUUUUCUUGCAGGUUCUUUGACAAUAUGUUCUGACGGCGGCGUCAAUGAAGGUUCCCAUGCAGGUUCUUUGACGAUAUGUUCUGACGGCGGUGUCACUGAAGGUUUUCUUGCAGGUUCUUUGACAAUAUGUUCUGACGGCGGCGUCAAUGAAGGUUCCCAUGCAGGUUCUUUGACGAUAUGUUCUGACGGCGGCGUGAAUGAAGGUUCCCAUGCAGGUUCUUUGAUGAUAUGUUCUGACGGCGGUGUCACUGAAGGUUCCCAUGCAGGUUCUUUGACAAUAUGUUCUGACGGCGGUGUCACUGAAGGUUCCCUUGCAGGUUCUUUGACGAUAUGUUCUGACGGCGGUGUCACUGAAGGUUCCCAUGCAGGUUCUUUGACAAUAUGUUCUGACGGCGGUGUCACUGAAGGUUCCCAUGCAGGUUCUUUGAUGAUAUGUUCUGACGGCGGUGUCACUGAAGGUUCCCAUGCAGGUUCUUUGACAAUAUGUUCUGACGGCGGUGUCACUGAAGGUUCCCAUGCAGGUUCUUUGACAAUAUUUUCUGACGGCGGUGUCACUGAAGGUUCCCAUGCAGGUUCUUUGACAAUAUUUUCUGACGGCGGUGUCACUGAAGGUUCCCAUGCAGGUUCUUUGACAAUAUUUUCUGACGGCGGUGUCACUGAAGGUUCCCAUGCAGGUUCUUUGACAAUAUUUUCUGACGGCGGUGUCACUGAAGGUUUUCUUGCAGGUUCUUUGACGAUAUGUUCUGACGGCGGUGUCACUGAAGGUUUUCUUGCAGGUUCUUUGACGAUAUGUUCUGACGGCGGUGUCACUGAAGGUUUUCUUGCAGGUUCUUUGAUGAUAUGUUCUGACGGCGGUGUCACUGAAGGUUUUCUUGCAGGUUCUUUGACGAUAUGUUCUGACGGCGGUGUCACUGAAGGUUCCCAUGCAGGUUCUUCGACGAUAUGUUCUGACGGCUGUGUCACUGAAGGUUCCCAUGCAGGUUCUUUGAUGAUAUGUUCUGACGGCGGUGUCACUGAAGGUUUUCUUGCAGGUUCUUUGACAAUAUGUUCUGACGGCGGUGUCACUGAAGGUUCCCAUGCAGGUUCUUUGACGAUAUGUUCUGACGGCGGUGUCACUGAAGGUUCCCAUGCAGGUUCUUUGACAAUAUGUUCUGACGGCGGUGUCACUGAAGGUUCCCAUGCAGGUUCUUUGACGAUAUGUUCUGACGGCGGUGUCACUGAAGGUUCCCAUGCAGGUUCUUUGACGAUAUGUUCUGACGGCGGUGUCACUGAAGGUUUUCUUGCAGGUUCUUUGACAAUAUGUUCUGACGGCGGUGUCACUGAAGGUUUUCUUGCAGGUUCUUUGACGAUAUGUUCUGACAGUGUUGUCACUGAGGGUUCCAAUGGUGGAUCUUGGACAUUCCUUUCCAACUAA